AUGCCUCCAGGUCACAAGGCCACUGUUGGCAACCUGAAGACAUUUGAGCUGCCCGAGGUGCUCACUGGUAGCGCAUCCGACCAGGCGCUGGGCCGCAGCAUGAUUGAUGCUUGGCGCAAAGACGGCAUCCUUCAGAUCUCGAUGGAUCCGAUCAACCGCAAGCUCGCCGACGCCGCUUUCAUCUGCAGCAAGAAGUUUUUCGACCUCCCCUACAAGACAAAGGCAUCCUGCGUCGACGACCAGUCCUUUGCAGGCUACAUUGCAUCUGGCGAGGAGAUCACCGACAACAUUGCCGACUACAGCGAAAUCUUCACUGUCACCAAGGACCUGCCGCCCACGGACCCGCGCGUGCAGCAGAAGUGGCCGUGCCACGGACCCUGCCCUUGGCCAUUCAAGCAGAUGCGCACUGUCAUGAACACGUACAUGGAUUACCUCGGCGAAAGCGGCGAGAAGAUGCUGCAGCUGAUCGCCUGGGGCCUUGGGCUCAAGGACGGCAACGCCCUGACCAAGUACACCCAAGACGGAUGGCACCACAUGCGCGUCCUGCGCUUCCCUGAGCGUAACAACGUCAACGGCAAGGGCAAGGAUGGCCGAGGCAUCGGCUCCCACACCGACUACGGCCUGCUCGUUAUCGCCGCCCAGAACGACGUCGGCGGCCUCUUCAUCCGCCCGCCGAUGGAGGGUGAGAACUACGCCAACUGGCGCAAGAGCUCCGCCGGCAUGGCCGAGGAUGACGACAAGUGGACGUACGUGCCGCCCGUGCCUGACGUUUUCACUGUCUUCCCCGGCGACAUGAUGCAGUACGUCACCAACUCGUUCCUGCCGUCCACCCCACACAAGGUCGGCCUCAAUACCCGCGAGCGCUUCGCCUUUGCCUACUUCCAUGAGCCCAACUUCUCCGCUGUCAUGAAGCCGCUCGAAGGCUUCGACGCUGGACAGGAGCCCCGCGAAGGCAUCCACUAUGGCACCCACUUCACCAACAUGUUCAUGCGCAACUACCCCGAGCGCAUCACGGCGAACCGUAUGCGCAGCGAGAACCGCAUGAAGCUGCUCGAGUCCCCUCAGCUUCGUUGGGCAGAGACCCCCGAGACCCCGAACAUCAAGGCCGAGCCCCCCAUGGAUGCUGGUCCGCUUUUCGGCAGCGCGCAGUCACAGGUUUCUGCGCAGAUCUAA